AUGGAGGCGACAGCAGCCGAUGGCCACAGCCUGGCGCCGGUCGCGGCCGCGCCGCCGGCCACUGCAUCCCCCGCCGGCGCCAGCGACCACGAGAUGACGUUCAAUGACCCGGACGAUGCAGCGCCGCUGCCUCCGCCUCCGCCGACCGACGAUACGGCCGCUGCCGCCGACGGGCCGUCGGCCGAUGUGGACAUGGGCAGCGGCGACGCACCGGACGCUGCAGCCACGUCGCCGGUGACUGCCAAUGACGCUGUCGAGGUUGCGCCGUCGGAAGGCAAUGCAACGGACGCUGGCGAGCCCGAGGUCGAGGCCGGCGCCGAUCCGACCACCGAAUCGGUGGACGAGGCGGCGACGAUUCAAGAUACCACAGUCCCCAAUGACGCAUCCGAGGCGCAAACAACAGGCGCCAAGACGACGCCGUCGAGCGAGGCCAAGGCGGUUGACGGCUCGCUCAAGCGCAAGCGCAGCGAAGACGCGAGUGGCGUGGCGCCGAUCGUGUCGCGGGACGAGAUGGCCAAGAAGGAGGAGGACGUCGGCGUGCUCGAGUUUGACGUGAUCACGAACGACGGAACGCCGGACCGCAUGAUCCAGCUCAUGACGCUCAAGAACAUCUUCUCCAAGCAGCUGCCCAAGAUGCCCAAGGAGUACAUUGUGCGCCUCGUCUUUGACCGGAACCACCACUCGAUGGUGAUUCUCAAGAACAAAAAGACGGUCGUCGGUGGCAUUUGCUACCGGCCGUUCUUGGCGAAUCACUUUGGCGAAAUCGCCUUCUGCGCCAUCACCGCUAGCGAGCAAGUCAAGGGGUAUGGCACGCGGCUCAUGAACCACCUCAAGGAGUACGUCAAGACGCAGGGCAUCUCGCACUUUCUCACGUACGCCGACAACUAUGCGAUCGGGUACUUCAAGAAGCAAGGCUUCUCCAAGAUCGUCUCGAUGCCCAAGGCCAACUGGUUUGGCUACAUCAAGGACUACGACGGCGGCACCCUCAUGGAGUGCUGCAUCCACGAGCACAUCAACUACCUCGACAUUACGUCCAUGGUCCACACCCAGCGCAAGAUGCUCAUGGAGAAGAUCCAAGCACGCUCCCACGCACAUGUCGUCUAUCCAGGCUUGACGACGUUCUGCGAAGCACGGCUCGUCGAUGUCUACUCGGUGCCGGGCGUCCGCGAGGCGGGCUGGUCGCAGACGAUCAUCCGCAACAACCGCAUCGGAAGCCGCGAGCCUGGGAGCUUGAAGGCGCAGCUCCAAACGCUCUGGAAGACGCUCUCGAACCACCGCAGCGCGUGGCCGUUCCACGAACCGGUCGACACGCGGCUCGUGACCGACUACCUCGAGAUCGUCAAGACGCCGAUCGACUUGACGGCAAUUGCCAAGCGCAUUGAAGAGAAUGCGUACGCGAACAAGGCGGCGUUCAAGGCCGACCUCGUCCUCAUGUGCGACAACUGCAUGCUGUACAACUCGAGCGACACCAACUACUACAAGGCCGCGAAGGACCUCCUCGAGUUUGUCCACCGCAAGGUCGAAGUCGACGACGCUGGGCCCUCAGCGUACAACAGCAAGACGCAAAAGAAGGCGUUCGCGCGGUAGAUGCGUCCGAGGUCGUCUAUGUUAAGAAAAUAUUCCACCCUCCACGA